GGCAGUUAAAUGCGGCUACCGGAAAGCUCCGCGCCUAAACAAUUGGGGGUGGACUACUCGUAGAGUUAGUGCCGUUUUGUUUACAGUGUAAACAUCGUGUUUACAUUGUAGGUUAACAGCGAAUAUAUUUACUUGCCCGACAAAACCAGUUGUCUCAGUUUAAAUACUGAAGUCGGUUGUCGCUGCGCCUGCUAACGUUAGGAACUCUGCGCUGCUGCUUUUUCCAGUCAUCAAGCAGUAUGGAUCCUGAAGAUAGCUCACACAGCCCGGACGAAGACCGCAACACGCCAGAACAAAUCCCCAAAUACAGGAGGAGUCUGAGGAGCCUUCAUGUGCUCACCACGAAGUUCAUCCAGCUGCUACAAGAGUCUAAAAGCGGCGAGCUGGACCUGAGAGACGCUAUCAGGGUCCUGGCUGUCGGACAGAAGAGGCGAAUCUACGACAUCACAAAUGUGCUGGAGGGCAUCGGUCUGAUUGUGAAAAUAUCCAAGAGCAACAUAAAGUGGAUAGGCACAACGUUCAGAGAGAACACACAACUGUUAGCCAACAGAGUGUUGGAGUUAAAGUCUGAGCUAAAGGACUUGGAGCAAAGGGAACAUAUUUUGGACCAGCAGAAACGCUGGGUCGAACAGAGCAUCAAGAAUUUAACAGAAGACUGCAGGAAUCUGACAUAUGUGAGUCAUGAAGAUAUCUGCAGCUGCUUCUGUGGCCACACACUUUUAGCAGUGCAAGCACCACCUGGUACACAGCUAGAUGUCCCCAUUCCCAAAGCUGUCCAGAACCGCCCGGCAAGGUACCAGAUCCAUCUGAAAAGUGUCAGAGGACCCGUAGAUGUCGUACUUCUAAACAAAUGCUCCGUCAGCUCUGCUCCUGUUGUACUUCCAGUCCCACCGCCUGAAGAAGUUUUACAGCGUGCCAGCUUAGCCAUGUCUGCGUGGCAAGAAGAAAACAGUAACGCCAGUAACACAACUGAUGAAUCCAAAGAACGGGAUUUAUCUAAUCAACUUCAGGACCAAACAGAGGCACCCAGAGGAACGUUGAACACAAAUCUAAUCACACAGCUCUUGGCCUCUGAAGUUUUUUCACCACUCCUCCGUCUGUCUCCGCCCCCAUCUGAACAUGAUUAUGCCUGUGAUCUGGAUGCGAGUGAAGUCACCUGCAAACUUUUUGACAUCCCUGUGCUCAAAGCCUGUGGUUACAUGAGUUAAUUUUUUAAAAAUUGGAUGUGGUUUUUAAAUACUGACUUGUGAUGAGAUGCAUUCAAUCAGAACAGUGGGACCUCUGUAAAAGUGUUGCAUUCGUCUUCCUCAACAACCAUCGGGUCUCUGUUAUGUGUAUGAUGAGCUUCCUGAAGAUAAAUAUUUAUGAUGUUUUAAGUGCUGUUGUUGCUGUUAUUGCAUCGAUCUAAAUUAUGAGUUUACAUUUAAAACAAACAUGGAGGGUAUGCAGAAAAUGAGUGCAUUCAGAGUUGGAGCACUGGUAUUCUGAUUGAACUGUUACCAAUUACCACUGGAAUAUUAAACGUGAUGUAAAAAGUCCCCCAGGCAGCGCAGAGUUGCAGUGUUGCCUCACAGCAGGAAGGUCCUGGGUUCAGAUCCAGCAGUUGGCUUGUGGCCUUUCAGUGCAUGGGUUCUCUGUGUUGUCCUUGUGAUAGACUGCCUCUCGCCCCAUGAUAGCUGGGAUAGACUCCACUCGUGACCCUCAAUUGGACAAGCUGUUCAGAUGGAUGUAAAUGCACCCAGUGUUUUAUGUGGAACUCAGUCCUGAGUUCAAAGUGAAUAU